GGCUAGACGAGAGAAUGUCGGUUCUUGCUAACACUACGGCCGUAGUGGCUGAGAUUAGAUUUAAUUCAACGGACUAUACCGUAUUCGCCUUGGUACUUAGCAUAUCGGCUGCCAUUGGUGUAUAUUUUGGAUUUUUCAACAAGGGCGAGGACACUACGGAUGAGUAUCUGAUGGGUGGCAAACGGAUGAAAACCAUACCGAUUGCCAUUUCCUUAGUGGCCAGCCAGCUUUCGGCUAUAUCUAUUAUGACCAUACCUGCGGAAAUGUAUAGCUAUGGCAUCCAUUGGUUUUUCAAUGUGAUAUUUAUGAUUGUGAUUAUACCUAUACUCAACUAUAUGGUCAUUCCGGUUUUCUAUAACAAUAACUUGACCAGCUGUUAUGAAUAUCUGGAAAUACGUUUCAAUAAACCUGUCCGUCAACUGCAAACUCUUAUUUUUACCAUGACAAUAUUCUUCAUGCUGCCGAUUUUCAUAUUUUUGCCUUCAUUGGCUUUCGCUCAAGUGACUGGUUAUAAUGUACAUUUAAUCAAUACAAUUAUCUGUGGCAUUUGCGUAUUUUACACCAUGUUUGGUGGAAUUAAAGCCGUUGUGUGGACCGAUGUAAUACAAGCUGCUAUAAUGCUGAUUUCUGUGAUCCUUGUGGGUGUCAUGGGAGUUUAUCGUGUUGGCGGAUGGACUGACGUAUUUCGAAUUGCCAAAGAGGGUGGACGAUUCGAUGUCAAUUUCUCGCUGGAUAUGACAACACGCUCAACAUUUUGGAAUUUCUCUACAUCGGCAAUUCUAAUUUGGACUAGCUACGUCGGUCUCAAUCAAAGCUGUGUGCAACGUAUUGUUGCACUUCCAUCCCUGGCACAUGCCCGUAGAGCUUUGAUUCUCUUCGGUUUGGGUUUUAUGUUGAUCAUGUUCUUUAAUUGUUUUACGGGCAUUGUGAUGUAUGCACGUUAUCAUGACUGCGAUCCAUUGGCACUGGGAAUAGUUCCUAAACUCGAUAGAAUGGUUCCCUAUUUUGUGCAGGAUAUAGUUGGACACUUACGUGGAAUGCCAGGCGUGUUCAUUUCCUGUGUCUUUAGUGCCGCCUUGAGUACUCUUUCGGCUAGCAUUAACUCUCUUGGCGGAGUGGUUUACUUCGAUUACAUCAAACCCCAUAUUCAUCAUACGGAGCACAAGGCAAAUGUGAUAAUGAAAAUUUUCGUAUUCUGUUGCGGCGUCUAUUGCAUCUUUGGUGGCAUGGUUGUGGAAAAUUUCAGAUCUUUACUUACAGUGAUCUUUUCAAUUGGCGGCGUAGCCUACGGCACAACAUGUGGCACCUUUCUUCUGGGCAUGUUGGUACCACGAGCUCAUGGACGGGCUGCCUUUAUUGCUGUGGCGUUUAGUAUUCUUGCCAUGUGUACUCUAGUGACGAAAAGCUGGGGACGUAAUCAUUAUGCUCCUAUGCCAACAUCCACAGACAAUUGUCCUGACUUGAAUAUCACAUUUACAACAACGACAACAACAACUACACAAUUGCCAAUUAGUGACCCAAUACGAGCAGCUGAAACUAAUUCCGAAUUUAAUAUUCUGGAUCUUUCAUUUAAUUGGUAUCCCUUGACUGGUUUUCUUUUAACUUUUCUAGUGGGCGUGCCACUCAGUUACAUUAUGAAACCAGCACAAGAUGCCAACUUUGAUCCCAAAUUGUUAUCACCAAUUGUGAAACCAUUUAUCAAGUACGAACUCACGCAGGUCGAUGAGCUGUACGAGCUUAAGAGCGAAAAAGAUACUAUUAAGACAUAAAAGCCUAAAUAAAUAAAUAUACAAAUUUUUACA